AUGCCCCAAAACCUUCCGGUGUAUUCGCCACGUGCGUAUACAAGUCCCUUACCGAUUAAAACUUAUACCUAUCAACUGAACCGCUUUCGACCUCCAAUAAUCGUAAAUAUUGUAGCACCUGGAUCGACGGGCGAGGGUGAUCUGGGUGACUGGGCGCCAGCAUCGCUGGCUCCAGAACUGAUGCUUUCCGUGCUCAACAAGUAA